CAUCAUCAUCCGCCCGUCCGCGCCGCUUUGCCCGCGGCCGCCGCGUCCCAGAACCGCGGGGUCGUCGCGUGUUUGUGUUUGAUCCCGCGGGCGGCCGGGGGGGCGCGCGUGUGCUGAAGCCGGUGCCUGCGGGGCGGCCGAGGUAGAUCACGGAGCGGGACUCCUCUGGGGCAGAGCCCGGUGCCCCCCCCCCCUCACCUACCCACACACCUUGAUCCGCCUUCACUGCCGCCGCCAUGGAACUGGGCCCGGAGCCCCCCCACCGCCGUCGUCUGCUCUUCGCCUGCAGCCCUCCUCCUCCCCCCCACCCCGCGCCGCAGUCCACGGCCCAGGCCUUGUUGGGCGCGUCUGCCGCUGGGGGGAUGUCCCCUGUCACCAACCUGACCGUCACGAUGGACCAGUUGCAGGGACUGAGCCGUGAGUGUGAACAGUCACUGGAGGUGAAAAAUAACAGCAGUCUUCAGAGAAUGGGCUCUUCCGAAUCCACUGAUUCAGGUUUCUGUCUGGAUUCUCCUGGACCCUUGGACAGAAAAGAAAACCUUGAAAAUCCCGUGAGGAGAAUAAAUUUCUUACCUCAGAAGCUUUUGGGAUGUAGCCCAGCUUUGAAGAGGAGCCAUUCCGAUUCUCUGGACCAUGACAUUUUUCAGCUCAUCGACCAGGAUGAAAACAAGGAAAAUCUUUCUUCACAUGAAAGAGAUAGUGAGCCAAGGAAUUUUGUUCCUCUUUUUACACCCCAGUCACCUGUGACGGCUAGUUUGUCCGAUGAGGAUGAUGGCUUCAUGGACCUUCUUGAUGGAGAGAAUCUGAAGAACGACGAGGAGACCCCAUCGGGGAUGGCAAGCCUCUGGACAGCUCCCCUGGUCAUGAGGAGAGCUACAAAUAUUGGCAAUGGCUGCAGGCUAUUUGAUUCCCCUUCCCAGUGUGUCUCCAGCACUCGGUCAGCAAUGAAGAGAACGGACCGAUCUCAAGAGGAGUCUCCCCAAGGAAGCACCAAGCGGCGGAAGAGCUUGGCUGGAACUAGUCCCGGAGGGUCACUUAAUCCAGAGAGGACUCCUGAGAUUUUACACCAGUCUUUGUCUCUGACAUCUUCCCCCAAAGGGACCAUAGAGAACAUCCUGGACAAUGACCCCAGAGACCUUAUAGGAGAUUUCUCUAAGGGUUAUCUCUUUCAUACAGUUGCUGGGAAACAUCAAGAUUUAAAAUACAUCUCUCCAGAAAUUAUGGCAUCUGUUUUGAAUGGCAAGUUUGCCAAUCUCAUUAAAGAAUUUGUUAUCAUUGACUGCCGGUACCCAUAUGAAUAUGAAGGAGGCCACAUCAAGGGUGCAGUAAAUUUACACAUGGAAGAAGAAGUUGAAGACUUCUUGCUGAAGAAGCCCAUCGUACCUACUGAUGACAAGCGUGUCAUUGUCGUGUUCCACUGCGAGUUUUCUUCGGAGAGAGGGCCCCGCAUGUGCCGGUAUGUGAGAGAGAGAGAUCGGCUGGGUAACGAAUAUCCCAAACUUCACUAUCCUGAGCUAUACGUCCUGAAGGGAGGCUACAAGGAGUUCUUCCUGAAAUGCCAGUCUCACUGUGAACCCCCCAGCUAUCGCCCCAUGCACCAUGAAGACUUUAAAGAAGACUUGAAGAAAUUCCGUACCAAGAGCCGGACCUGGGCAGGGGAAAAGAGCAAAAGGGAGAUGUAUAGUCGUCUGAAAAAGCUCUGAAUGUGGUGGUAGGGUGCCGGUGCCCCUCUCCCCUUUCCUCUUUGCUGCAGAAAACAAAACAAAACCUUGAACAAAAACCAUCUAGCCGAGUGACAUUGGGAGAGAGAGAUUGAUACCAGACUUCCCAUACUCCCUGGGCAAUCUGCUGUGUUGCACCUCUUAGCCUAUCCCUAUAAGAUGCCCAUUAGAACCGUCUGCCAGGGCUGUGAGUGCCACAGGCCCAGUCCCGGAGCUCCAUUUGCCAAGCUCCGUCACCGUUUUGGGUAAAGCAUGAGAAGAAAAGCAACCAAGAGAGAUGCUACUGCGGCUGCUAGCCCAAAUACCAAAGACAGCUUAAGGAAGAAUCAUCGGCGUGGAAUAACCCAGAUCUUUAUAAUUUAUUCAACUUCAUCAAUUAUUUUAAAUUUUUUUUUUAAACUCCUGGAGACUUUUACUGCUUCAUUAAGUCAAAAAUACUGCCAUUUCUAGGUAGAGUGGUUUGGGUUUUUGUUGUGUGUCUGUGUGUGUCUUGUGUUUCGUUAAACCAUCCCAGAGACUACUACCUCUGCUUUUAAUUGGAAAAAAAAAAAAGACAACUAAAAAGGAAGGUAGGAGAUAAGAAAGGGCAAACCUGUUGGGAGUCUUGGGGGACAGAGCUGGGAGCUCUGUCUCUUGUCAGUACCCCCAUGCAACUCCCAGGUUGUACCCUAUACUAAGGGCUGCUGCUAUUAAAGUCAAGAUCUGAGAUACUGCUCUCAGGCCUGGCUACAGGACAUAAGCUUCCUACCACCUCCCCAAACCUACCUCCGGGUCAUCGCGAUCUCUUUGGGAGAGGGGUGGAGUUGUGUCCUGCUCUUCCUCACCCCCAGAUUCCUGUCAAUGGUGGCUGGUAUAGGAAUCACAGGAAGCACUUGAUGCAGGUUCCCAUUGGGCCCACGUUGGAACUUGGUAGCAUGGAAAUCCCAGGGUAUUAAAUGGGGGAUGUAGGUGGACUCCAUCGGGUUGAAUUCGUCUAUUCAGUGCCCUUCUAUUAACUCUGGUUGAUUUCUCCAUACGUCAUUUUUGUGCGUCAAGAUUGGAAUCAGUGUCCAAGUGAACUACCUGAAGGCAGAGCUGGAAAUGGAAGCCCUGGGUAUUCAAAGGAAGAAAGGUUCCCGUCACAAAGGCGACGUUGUAGAUUAUUUCUUCCGAGGGGAGUGUGGAUUUUGAAGGUGUAAAAACUUUCUGGGUUUAUCAUGUUUUAAUUUGAGGGGCAAAGUGAUGAGUCUUUACCAGUUAGGUAACCCCAUAUCAAACUUGCUGGAAGUAAGGGUCUCGAGGGAACACAUCCCACUGUAAGGGGCUGAGGCUGCCCUUCAGUGAUUCACUCCCACCCUUGGGUGCUAGCCAUCAUGGCUCCAUUGGGGGGAGGGUCUAGCCUUUCCGCCUUCCUGCUCUGGGAUUGGAGGAAUACUGGAGAUGGCUAGUUGGCUGUGUUACGGGUUUGAGUUGCAUUUAUUUGGCUUCCAAAAACAAUCUUGGGAAAUGAAUGGAAUCGAA